AAAAAAAAAAAAAAACCCAGUUGACUUCUGAUUAUGCUGUUUUCUUCAUUCCCCGUUUAGCCCCAGACUUACACUUCCUCCCUUGGCAAAAUUUAUUCAUCGUAGUUCCCUUGUAGUUCCCUUGACAAAAUCACCACCACCAGGGCUUCUGCCUGUACCAUCGUGCACUUGGGUGCUGCAAUCCGAAUGGAAAAUCAAUCAAUAAACGCUGCAGCUCCAACAAUGGAAACAAAGAAAUUUCCUGAAUCUCGUGAGAGAGAAAUGGCUGACGUAGACUCAGCUUGUGUUGACACAAUUCUUCAUCAGGCUAUCCCUGCUCAAUUUCGGUGUCCAAACCUAGUGUACUUAGGAAAAGAUAGAGAUAGAUACCUCACCCAUUGUGUUCCACUUCACAAAGCGGCACUGAAAGGUGACUGGAAAAAAGCAAAGAAGAUCCUAGAACAUGAUGAAUUGCUACUGACUGCUGCCAUAACAAAAGGGUGGGCAACACCCCUCCAUGUUGCAGUGGGAGCAAACCACGUCCACAUUGCAAAGGAGCUGGUGCAACUAAUGCAACCUGGUGAUCUUGAAUUGCAGGACAAUAAAGGCAACACUGCCUUUUGCUUUGCUGCAGCAGUUGGGAAUGUGCAGAUUGCUGAGAUAAUGAGGAGAAAAAACGAUUUGUUGCCACAAAUUAGGGUUAGAAGUGGAAUGACUCCUCUUCACCUUGCUGCUAUGCAAGGAAGGAGUGAGAUGGCAUGGUACCUAUUCCCUCAAACGAAAGGAAUCCUGCAAGAAGAGGAUUGGAUUUCCCUGUUCUUCAUUUGUAUAAAUUCGGGACUCUUUGAUUUAGCCCUUGAAAUGUUGAAUCAGAAGGACAAGCCAAUUUCGGAGGUCAAACUAGCUACUGCAAGGGGAGAUGACUGUGAGACAGGUUUACAUGUCCUGGCUCGGAAGCUUCCAAUCUGCAGUUGCCAAAGUCAACAAUAUGGAAAAGGCUUCAUGCAUUUCUGUAAAAAGGACACCUCCAUUCUCAAACUCACAAAACGGAUGUGGCAAAUAUUUCUCACCCUUGAAGAUGAAAUCAUCAUAGAAACCAUAACAGAACCUUCUCAAGCAAUAUUUAUUGCUGCAGAAGUGGGAAACUUUGAGUUUCUAUCUGUGCUCUUGAGCACUUACCCUGAUUUGAUAUGGGAAUUGGACACAACGGGUCGAAGUAUAAUUCACACAGCUGUUUUGCAUCGUCAUGCAAGCAUCUUCAAUCUUAUACAUGAAGUUGGCUCAAUCAAAGAUAUCAUAGUCACUUUCCUUGAUGACAAAGGGAACAAUUUGUUGCAUUGUGCUGCAAAAUUAGCACCACCAGAUAGACUUAACAUUGUUUCUGGAGCUGCUUUACAAAUGAUGCUUGAAUUGUCAUGGUUUGAGGAGGUGAAAAAGAUAACGCCGCCAAUGUACCUUGAAAUGAGAAAUAAUGCAGGCUUUAGUCCCCGAAAGCUGUUCACCAUGGAGCACGAAGAAUUGCUGAAACAGGGAGAGUCAUGGAUGAAGAGAACAGCAGAAUCUUGCAUGGUUGUCUCAACUCUCAUUGCCACCGGAGUCUUUUCUGCUGCCUUCACCUUGCCAGGUGGCAACAUUGACAAUAUAGGAAGUCCAAAGUAUCUGAAGAAACCAUCUUUCUUGGUAUUUGCAAUAUCGGAUGCCACCGCAUUGAUCUCAUCCUCAGCCUCAAUACUUAUAUUCUUGUCCAUCCUCAUCUCGCGGUAUGCUGAAUAUGACUUUCUAUGCUCACUGCCCAUGAAGCUCAUAUCCGGAUUAGUGACACUGUUCAUCUCUAUCAUAAGCAUGAUAAUAACAUUCAGCAGUGCUUACUUUGUGACAUGUUUCCAGGGUUUGAAGUGGAUACCUAUCUUCAUUUCUGUACUAACAUUUGUACCAAUACCCUUAUUUGUAUGUCUUCAGUUUCCUCUGUGGUCUGACAUUGUGUAUUCUACCUACAUUUGUAGUUCUCUUUUUAGGCUACGCAAACCCAAGAUUACCUAGAAAUAUGAAACCUUAUGCCAUGUAAUGAAUUUGAAUUUCCUAAUGGAUAUAUCUGCUAAGUUGUGAGUUUCAA